AUGAGGGGAUCGACGUCUUCGUCGUUCGACCCGUACUCCUGGAGGAAUUUCUAUUUUCAUGUUGGUCGCGAGGAGGCAACACGGCUGCUCUGUCAGCCGGACGCAGAUCUUGGUACGUUUCUGAUCCGGGACUCCAAAACACCUGGAAGCUACGCACUGAGCGUCAGAGAAGAAAUUUCUGGCCCUCAGCAGGUCCGACAUUACCUGAUUGAGCCGGUGGAAGCAGAGAAUGGACGAAUGAAUGUCAAGAUCGCCGACCAGUAUUUUGUGGACAUUCCCGCACUUCUCAAUCAUUUUAAAAUGAGAAUCCUGGCAAAUGUGAGCCUCGUGUGCCCACUUCGAAAAGCCGCUAUUGACAGGAUGGUUGCCUUGUAUUCAUAUGAAGGUCAGGAGCCAUCAGACUUAUCCUUUGAGAAAAAUGAAGUCCUUGACAUAAUCGAGAAGCGUCAAGAGGAAUGGUGGGAAGCGCGUAAUGCUCUCGGUAAUGUGGGACUUGUUCCGUUUAAUUAUCUGGCACAUCUGGAUGAAGUUGUAUUGCAGCGAGAUAGCCCUGAAUCUUCAGUGCCUUCGGAAAAUCGCUUAAGUGGUGCCUCAGCCCUCAGCGAAACUAAUGAUGAUGUACCGAACACCAUGGCACAUGCAGAAACGCCUCAAGUACCAACAUGGGCACGUGUGAUUUUGGAUAGGCGACCAAACGUAUACGACACCGAGGCACUACGGCUCAAGCACUCCUGCACCUGUUUUUUAUGCACAGAGGCAAUUGUCGUCCUUGAUCACAGGACAAAAUGCGUGAUACAUUAUUUGCAGAAGGGUGAUUUGUUGAAAGUCACCAAAUUAUAUCCGUCUGGUAUUUGUGAAGGGAUUUUGAAUGGCAAAAAAGGCACUUUCCCCUUUACGUAUAUCGAAUUCAUGAACGAAGCGGACGCAGCGACACCUACCCCUGUAUAG